AUGGGAUUCCCUCAUGAGCUAGUUGUUCAAGCUCUUGAAGAAACGGGCUCUACAGAAGGAGCUACAGAAUGGCUGAUUAACAGAAAUGCGGCCGGACUGCAACAGUCUCUCGAAAGAAGCAAUGAUGUGGGAGAUCUGGAAGAAGGCGAAUUCGUGGAUGCUAAUCUGCCUUUUCUUCUCGGAGUUUCAGUGUCAUCUAGUAGUGGUACAAGUGACGAAAGAGAUGCCAGACGUGCGGCUGGAACAAGCGCUCCUGUGGAUGCAGAAGACUCUAUAGAAAUGCCGAUAAUUACGCCUCUGAAAGAGCUGAACAUCGAUACCGAUUUGUCCAUAUCUCGUGCUUGCAUUGAACUGAUGCCUUUAUGUAAGCGACUAAUGGAGCUCGGCUCGGACCUCAUAAUAACUAUGGCACAAUCUGUUAUGAGUGGACCAUCCGAGCACGCUGUUCGUGUGCUGUCUACAAGAAUCCAUUUUGCUUGUCUGUUGUUUGACUAUGUCGCCGACGAAUAUCUCGAGACCAGUGCAUCUCAACCCAUGGUUUCAACCAUGCUUCUUCUCCUAGGUUUUGUUUAUGACAAUUUUGACGUCGACUACAUGCAAAAUGGGCUGUUGUCUCCGGUCGUUUUGUGGCUAGAUUUGCAUGACAAAGCCAAGCGGGCAUUGAAACGACGAACUAUUUUGAAAUCAGCAUCACCACAGCUGAAGUGGUCUUAUCAUGCCGAAGAAGAAAGGAUAAGUGCUGGAAGAAGCCACAAGAAAUGGCAGCCUUAUUCACCUCUGAAUCAACUGCAAUUGAACAAAGCAUUUUUCUCAGGCAAAACCACCUGCGUUAUCAAAAUUCCUAGAAAAGAGAAAGAUUUCACUGUUGACUUCACACUUAUGAAGCAGAAUGAUGGCCUUGCCUGUCACCAAGCUGUUUUCGCAGAGUUACCAGAUGGUGCUGAUAUUGACAUUGAAACGCUCAUGAAAUCGGAGCGUGAAUCUGUAUGGACGACCGCUGAGACAUCUCGGUUGCUAGUCAUAGUUGUCAGUUUGCUGCACAAGUCUUUGAUUCAUCACACUGCUGCUCAUACUAUUCUAGCAUUUGUCGCAAGACUUACCAGGGAUGCAAACUGCGCCGUGAAUUUCAUUCAGCAAGGUGGUAUCGCGGCUGUUUUGCAAUUGCGCUGUUCUACGACUCCAUCCACCUCUGUCCUGACGUCACUUAUCAUCAGGCAAUGUAUUGAUGAUGAGAACAUGAUGGCACAGGUGAUGGAGAAGAGUGUACGCGUUGUCACGAAUCCGGUGCAGUCUACUCCUUUAUCCGAAUAUCUUGGCAUGUCGGAGAACAAGCCCAAGGAUUGGUGUGAAACACUCAACAAGCUUGCCCCACUUUCUACAAGGGCUCCUGCCAUUUUCGUAAAUGCAAUGGAAAAAUGCGCGAAAUUGGACGGCACACUAAUGGUUUCUACUUCAUCGAAGCCUCAUUUCUCAGCUCCUACCAGCAAUGAGCGGACUCAGCAGAUUGUUCAACUCCUACUGCGUGAAUGUCUUCAUGGUGAAUGGCCAUCAGAAAGCAGCGUCCCAUUGGGACACACAAGAAUGAUAAGUCGAGGAGCAAUCCUGAGUUUAUUGGCCGAAUUGGUCAAAUCCUAUCCGGGUGUUGCUUCUUUGAUAUGUGAAGCGAAAGAAGACGGUCAGAGCGUUAUUCAUCAACUUAUUGAGCAUUUCAUCGAUGGAUCGCAAGAGAAGGAUACUCUUGGCUCUUUGAAAACGCUAAUUUCCAUUCUGGCUGCGUGCAAUCACUCUCCUAAGGCGCAGGAGUCGCUGGUGUCAGAUAUGAAAGCGUCACUCCUCGCAGUUGGAAACUCGUCGCUUUCAUCAUCGGCAAUCUGUAGCAAAAUCACAGAGUUGUGCUCUUUACUUGUAAUGAUGCUUGAUUCUUGCCCAUCAUCUAUGACUUCGCUAUCUCACUCACAUCAUCGUCAUUUGCUCGGCGGAGCGCCAAGUUCCAUAACAAAAUUGUUCCAUAAGAAACGAAUUUGUAAUGACCUUGUCAAGACAAUUACAUAUCUCCAAUUGUCGCAGAAGGAGGCCAUCGAUACCGUCAACACUGUCCUGAAAACACUUGAAACGUUGAUGAGGAGUACGAAUUCGUCAAGUUCUUCAGCUAACGCUGCGAGCAUCACUCAUGGAGCACGAAAUGUUGCUCGUGCUCAGGCUGUUAUCAAUGCUGCUGUUGCUGAUGCCGUGAGAAUUCCAUCUCCAAGUAAUAGCAGAGAUGCUGCUCUAAGUCAUGCCAUUGACUUGGGACUUCUCGCCAACAAUUUGCUCAAUGAUGCCCGUGAACUGAGUACCGAACAAGAUGAUCGAAGUGAUCCGAUGCUCGUACGUGUGAGCGACAAUGUGUACCUGAGCGAUAAUGAUCAACCCCAGGAAAACGACCAUCAUCGUGGUGAGGUGAUGGAUGAGGAAAUGGAUGAAGAAGCGGUGGAGGACUCGAUGUCAUCUGGUGAAGAAGAUAACGAAGACAGAACUUUGCAUGAUAUGACUUUCGAUCUGCUGGAUCGACCUGGAAUGUCUUCCUUUGGAUUUGAUGACUUUAUAUUUGGACCUCCCAUUGGGAUCAACAGGGAGCAUCGUGGAGCCCGUCGAGAACAAUCGAGCGCUGGCGUACAUCCAUUGAUGGUAAGGCCGGCUCACAUUGCUGAUUCCCAGCCAUCGCACAACCAACAAUCUGCGCCUACGCUCGGCAACUAUCGAAGUCUUCUGUUGGAUAGUGGAGGAGCAGGUAUCCCAGUGACUCUGACUCGACAAAAUGCCAUCCGUCGUAUUGGCGCCGCCGAUCGUGGCCGUGUUGGUCCAACUAGUCAGUUCUUUGAUAGGCUGUUCGAUUUGCAUUCACGAGACCGUGGUGGGCCGUUGAUGAAUAUGACAGCAGGACGAAUCGUAAGCAUGGGAUCAAAUUUGCUCGAUAGCCCUGAAGAAAGGCGAAUGCGACAGCCUGCAUCUGCUCCUUCCGCCUUGGAUCGAUACACUGAUGGAGCUGACAUGAUGGAUGGGGUUUCCAUGCAAUACGUCGCCAUAAUUAUAAAUACUAUAGUUACCAGAGUGGCAAGAAAACGUGUAGAAGAGGAGAAAGCUAAAGAGGCUGCCGAGCAAGCGGCUAAGAAACUUGUGGAGGAAAGCAGCAAAGGAACGUCAGAAAGUGCACCGAAGGCCAGUGAUGAUACGGGCACUUCUGGAGCUACGGCCACUGUACUGGCUCACCCACCAACUGAAGUUGCACGUCAAGCAUGGGAUGAAUCAGCUCUGGGCAAUCGUGAAGCAGACGUAAAUACAGCAAUGAGUGCUGGAGAUAGUGUGGCUAAUGGAGAUGCUUCGAAUUUACCCGUCGUCGAAGGAGAAGCCAUGGACACCUCAGAAGCCUUCGAACCCCGUGAUAUCGAAGCAGAUGUAUCGAUGGACGAAGCACCGCCGCACUCUUCGGCUGCAACUGUCGCGUCUUCGCUGCCUGAAGCAGAGGUUGAUGAGGAGCGGAUGAUAACACCGCCGCUUCCUGUUGUCUCAAAUGUCCACCAUGAAGGAGAAGAUGCGAGAGAUGCAAGUGACAGAUCUGAUAACUCUGGUCACACCGAAACGACAACUGAUGAACCGUUGGCAAAUGGUAGUGCAGCUAGACCUGCUACCGAAACUAACACUAUUCCAGAAGAAAUCCGUGAAAUACUUGGUGACAUUGAAAUACCUGAUGGUGUUGAUCCAGCUUUCCUUGCUGCUUUGCCAGAGGAUAUGCGUGCUGAAGUAAUUCGUGAUCAUCGUCGACAGCAACGAGCACAACGCGCUGCUCAAGUUCCCGCAACUGUUCCUCCGCAGGGCGAAAGCGGUGGAGAAGGUGCAUCAAGCGUUGUUCCAGUUGUGGAGCCUCUCGAUCAAGAGUUCCUUGCUGCAUUACCUCCUGAGUUGCAAGAGGAGAUUCUGGCUCAGCAUGAGCGCGCAGUUCGCGAGGCUGAGGAGGCACUGCGGCGAGCGAACGCGCCAGCACCACCUGCUGCUCCCGAACAGGAAAUGGAUGGGGCAGCUGUGAUCGCGUCUCUCCCAGCUCAUGAAAGAACGCAGGUAUUAGCCGAGAUGGAUGAAUCCGAAUUACAACGCCUUCCCACCGAGAUGCAGGACGAAGCACGACGUGCUCGUGCUAACCUUGAACCAAACAUUCUUCGAUUCCGACAUUUGUUGAUGCCUUCCUCGGCUCGAUCACGAGGUCUUCGAUCCAAUGUGAAUUUGGCUGGUUUUGGAGGUGGAUUCGGUGGAAUGGGAGCUAACGGAAGCCAUGGUGCCGGGAGCAGCGGUACUCCUUCCGUUGGAAGCCUAGCAGGACAAGCGAACACCGCCAGUGCUCAAUCACUACAACUUCUAUAG